UUUCACAUUUCAAAGAUCCGAAAUGUUCCAAAGAUUGCGAAGGCAGAACCAGGAAACUCUAAUUUGACGGGAAUUUUCAUCCAAUGCGAAUAUUAUUACCAUAAUCUCUUUCCAGAUUUCACAUUUGAUUCUUCACAAUUUCAUCUCCGAUUCUCUCACUUUUUGUUACACACAUAUAUAAUAUUAAUAAUAUUAUAUUAGUUAUUAUUAUUAUAUAUUAUAUUGUACUUUUUUUCCCCCUUAGGGAAAUUGUGUUGUCACUUUGGUCAAUUUUUCACUUUGUGUUGUUGUUGAUGAUGAUCAAUUUUACCAUCUGCGAGUGAGUGAAAUUGUGAGUGUUGUUUCCUUGAUUUUUUCUUUCUCCCUUAAAGGAUUAAAAGGCUGUUCUUAGAUUGAUUGUUGAAACGAGAAGAAGAAGAAGAAGGAACGGUAGCAGAAAGAUUGUACCUUUGUUUCAAAAGCCAGAUAUGCCAGAAAACAGGCAGGUUCUGAGGAAUGCUGCUUCUAAUCAACCCGGUGACAACAUUGAAGAAGCAAUUCGGCGAUUGAAAAUCAAUGACAAUCGAGAUAGAGAUACUGCGGGUCAAACUAGCCCGUAUCCGGAUCGUCCUGGUGAACCUGAUUGCUUAUAUUUUCUGAGGACUGGAAUGUGUGGUUAUGGGACUAACUGUCGCUACAAUCACCCCGCUAAUGUUUCACUGGGUACUCAUUAUGGUGAAGAGCUCCCUGAGAGAAACGGGCAACCUGAUUGUGAGUAUUUUCUUAAGACAGGGACAUGUAAGUAUGGAUCAUCGUGUAAAUAUCAUCAUCCACGGGACAGGCGAGGUGCUGCUCCUGUAUCAUUCAAUGCUUUAGGCCUUCCAAUGCGUCAGGAAGAAAAAUCAUGUCCCUAUUACAUGAGAACUGGGUCUUGUAAGUUUGGAGUAGCUUGCAAGUUUCAUCAUCCGCCGCAUGCUACUUUUGGAGCUUCUGGAGUGGCUGCAUCUCCUACCUCAAUGAUCCCCGCAUCUGGAUAUGUUGGUGGAUAUCCGUAUUCCUUACCGAGAAUGCCAUAUUUAUCUGGACAGGGCCUUCAGUCUUAUGUGCCUCCUUUCUUUUCUUCUCCACAAGGAAUUAUACCCGGACAGGGUUGGAACAGCUACAUGGGAAGUAUGAACCCUGCAAUGUCUACUGGUUUUCUUGGAUCUAAUAUUGUUUACGACUCUGUGAAUCCGGGUGAGUCACUUUCUGGUGGGCAGGUAGUAAGUCUUAAUCUCCCAGAUAGGCCUGAUCAGCCAGAAUGCAGAUACUAUAUGAACACAGGGACUUGCAAGUAUGGAUCUGAUUGUAAGUUCCACCACCCAAGAGAAAGAAUCGCCCAGUCAUUCAUAAAUCCACUCGGCCUUCCUGUGCGACCUGGGCAAGCUAUAUGUUCUUAUUAUAGAAUUUAUGGAAUAUGCAAGUAUGGCCCAACAUGCAAAUUUGAUCAUCCAGUUUUGGCAAUCUCACAGAACUAUCGCUUGGCCACACCUACUGCUUUAUCUGCACUGGACACCCCUCUCGACGGCAAUCGAAGAGGGACUUUCCAACCACCCGAGACAUCACCAUCUAAAUUAUCGAGUGAUGAGCAUCAGCAUUCGGAUAAUAAUAUCAAUAAUUCACAGGCCGCUGAAGAUUCAUCCAAACAAGCUGAUCAUACUACCUCAAAUUCCUUUGAAGUGGCCUCGGAAUCCUCCUUACAUGACCAAGAUGCUUGAUCUUUUUUCUCUUUUUGAGGGACAAAAUUUUCCUUGUUUUAAGGAGAAAUAUAUUAUCAUACACACACACCUUCUGUUCCCCCUUUCUCUCUUUUUUUCACCUGCAAUUUCUGUGGAGUGGGAUAGUUUGUUCAGAGGUUGUUGUGACACUCACUAGCUUGUGGGGGAUGAAGGGGCAUUUUUUGUGGUGAAUAAGAUGCAGGUUGAAAGUUUGUGACCUUUUUUUCCGUUUAUUUUCAAUUUUAUCUUUAUUUUUUUUUGUU